AUGUUUGGCCUCAUCAUCUCCGGUCGACCUGUUGACGCACAGCCUCAAGCAAUAACAGAAGCCCAAUAUGCCUUCAAGAUCCCACCGGCACCAGCUUUCAGCCAUAUAGUCGUAUUUCUACUGCCUGGACUCAUUCUCCCAGAGGGCACUGCAGCUACGGUAUACGUUCAAAUCCCUCCAUCUCAAGAGUUCAAGCUUUUGGGUGGCAUCGGACCUGGGAAAGAAAGCGCAAUCUUUAAAGUAUCUGGUCCGAGGUCUGGGAAUCUAGACGAGAACGCCAUGAUCGACGACCCGACCGCGCAAGCCGCUGGGAAUGCUGCAGGUGGAGAAAUCGUGGUUGGUGUCUCUAUCGAGCCCAUUCCACAAGUCGAGGCUCAGCUUGCAACGUUGAAAAGUGGUGGCCAGCCCGCAGGCGCAGCGAAUGUUUCCACGGCCAUGGUACGCGUGGCCAACACGCCUCCUGCAACAGUCGCCACGAAAGUCCUUGCGCAGCGCAUUAUUGGGAACGCCUUCAAUUUUCUCGCCAGUUUUGGAAGCGACACUAUUCCUCUCAAAGCUUUCCAAGCUUGGUGGGAGAAAUUCGAGAAGAAAGUAGAGCUUGAUCCGAGCUUUUUGGAGAGGGAGGACUAG